AUGUCAGCCUCACCACCACAUCCUCAAGACUCCUCUCACUCUCAAUCUCACUCCCUCCCCUCUCACACCGCAAACCCCCUCCUCUCCUCCUUCACAUCCUUCCUCACCAUCGCCAUCCAUUCCCUCCUCUACCACCGCACCCUCUACCCAUCCACGUCCUUCCUCGCAACCCGUGCAUACAACCUCCCCGUCCACCAGUCCCGCCACCCGGGUCUCUGCGCCUGGAUCUCCGACGCCGUCGCCGCCAUCGCCGCGCAACUUCGCGUAGGCUCCGUCCGCCGCAUCGUCCUCGCUAUUCACUCUCCUCUAGGACCCUCACAGCCCCCAGUCGUGCGCGAGAGAUGGGUCUUCGACGUGCAUCGUUUUCCAGCAUGGGGUAGUACCGCUGAAACAGACGCCCCGACUUCUCACCAACAGCAGCAACAGCAGCACGAAGAUCUCGAUGAUCCCGUCGCAGAAGAUGCCGAUGACGGUGCUGCGUCCGAGAAGCUCAACUGGGCCGACAUCCACGAGGCCCUAAGAGCAACCCUCCAAAGACUCGCCUACGCAGCCCAAGCCGCGCCCAAACUCCCUCCAGGAUGCACAUUCGCACUCGCUCUCGAACUAAGAGACGAAGCUGAAGCUCCCAUCGGUUAUCCCCAACCGUGGAUCCCUUCUGAAGGGCCUUUGCAGCCUCCUACCGCGGAGAAACCGCAUCAAGGUGAAUCGUUAAGAGGAGCUGCCACGAAACCCGUGAGAUCUGUGAGAGCGGAUCCCCUUUUCUUCGAGUGCUGGCUCGAACAAGGUCCGGAAGAUGCCGAGGCUGUAAGUUCCGGUAGUGGCAUUGUGACGAAUACAUCAUCAGAAAAAACAUCACAAUGA